AUGGUGACAGCCCGGCUGCCGGUGUCCCCAGGGCCAGCAUCCCCCAACGCCGCUGAUGAGACAGGGGCAUAUCUCAUCGAUAGAGACCCCACGUAUUUUGGUCCGAUACUGAACUACCUCCGACACGGGAAGCUCAUCAUAAACAAGGAGCUUGCAGAAGAAGGGGUACUGGAAGAAGCCGAGUUUUACAAUAUUGCAUCUCUUGUGCGGCUGGUCAAGGAGCGGAUACGGGAUAACGAGAACAGAACCUCUCAAGGACCUGUGAAGCAUGUGUACAGAGUCCUACAGUGCCAAGAGGAAGAGCUCACACAGAUGGUGUCCACUAUGUCCGACGGGUGGAAAUUUGAACAGAGCAGACAGUCCCCUCGUGGGCUGUUUGCAUCUAGUCACUUCAUAACGUCAAAAACACUGGUUCGGAAGCCUGCAGCAAAGGCAGAAAUUCUUCAAGAGCGAGGAUCCCGGAUGUAA